AUGGGAAAAUUCAAGCAAUCGAAGAAGCGCGACAAACCAGAUGCCUCGAAAGCUGCUGGCCGUGGAGUCAAGCGGCGGCAGCAUAGUCAAGCUGCGAGAUCAAACGCGAGGGUGAAGCAAGUAAAGAUCAGCAACGGGCGAUCAUCGGCAGCUGGUCGCCAAAACCCGAAGAUACCAUUUUCGAAGCAUGAUCGUGUUUUACUCGUGGGAGAGGGCGAUUUUUCCUUCACGCUCUCUCUGGUGAAGAAUUACAAGGUUAGUGCUGUUCUCGCCACAUCCUAUGACGACGAAGACACGUUGAAGCAGAAAUAUCCCAACAUCAACAGCACUUUGAAUCAAAUAGCCAAAGUGGGCAAAGGUCUAUCUGUCGAAGAUCUCCGAACCAGUGAUGUGGGCGGUGACGAGGAAUGGGCCGGUUUUUCAUCUGAUGAGGUCGCGAAUGCUACUGAAGAUGUUUCUGUCGCCAGCACGAAAAGCGCAGAAGUGAAUAUCCUACACGGCAUUGACGCGACGUUAUUAAGCAAAGCUCAUCGGAAAGUGUUGAGUCAAUAUGCACCAUUUACCAAGAUUGUAUUCAAUUUCCCACAUACUGGCGGGCUCAGUACAGACGUCAACCGCCAAGUACGAGCGAACCAGGAGCUUCUUGUCGACUUCUUCAAUAGUGCGAAACCAUUACUUGCGACCUCUUCACGACCUGCAAAGUCGAGGGAAAACGAAGAUCUAGGGGUUCAGGACGAAGACCUUGAGAAUUUCGAGGCGAAAGAACAGGAAGAGUCUGCAGCGCUCACGAGAGGCCAGGUAGUCGAGUCCUUCAAAUUCCCGUGGGCUGCAUAUCCGGGGUACAAGCAUGCCAGGACGGUGGGUGAUAUCGUGACUGGCAAAGAUCGCGGCGAGGAGGGCAAGAGAAAAGGUGCUUGGAGAGGUGAAGAGCGUGAUGCGAGGUGUUAUGUGCUUGCACUUAAGGAGGAGUCAGGUCUGCAGGACAAAAACGGAAAGAAGCGGAAGCCGAAUGAUGGUAGUGAUGAGAGCGAUUGA